AUGGAUGAGGAGGAUAAUGAUCCACAAGCUUUUUGUUUUGGUUUCACUGUAUUCCACAGCUCAUUGAACCACUGGGGGUUACAGACAGGGACGCGGGAGCUGGAGGAGAUGGGAAUGAAGUUCAGCCAGAGUCUUCUCACCCUCAGGAGUAAUACCAUCCAUUAUAACAGCCAUCUGAUUCCCCACACAUAUGCCCUGUUAGACGUGGACGACAGGCUACUCAACCACAAAUCCAAUAAUUGUUUCGAGGACGAUGAACCACCCUGCACGGAGGAGAUUGAAUAUUCAUCCUGCAGUGACCCAUUUGGUGCCAACGAACUAGACAUGGAGGUGAACGGUAACACAUCCAGUGAGGAAGAGGAUGAAGAAGAUGCAGAAAUCUGUAGGAACGGGAGGCGGUGUAAUGACAGGAAGUCUCAUCUCGUUCCUCACUGCUUGAAACAGGACGCCCUGGAGACUCUGACAAUCGAGGCUGGACAGUGUAAUGGCAUUGACAUCAGUAAUGGCUACUUACAUUAGGCCUCUUUUGUUUGUCUGUUCUGUUAAACCAAAACAUUUAGUAUUUAGUCCAAGAAACUAAAUAAGACAUGCACACCUGCAGAACAUUUACUAGUCCCUUUACCUGUGCUCCCUGAUAUAAACUAUUUGAAUACGCAUUGCAUAAUCCUAAUGGCGUGAUGAGCUCAUGCUUUGGUUAAUGCAUUGGGUUGGUUUACGAAUCGCUCUUAUUCUAAACUAGAGGCUGGUAGCUUGCUGACAAAAGUACUCUGCUGUACAAGUGGUCUUCUGCUGAAACUCGAAAGUAAACACUUGAUAUUGCAAGAUAGCACUGCAUAUAAAGUUUACCUUUAAUAAUAUGUAUUUAUUAUCUUAGAUUGUGAAAACCAGUAAUCAUGUAUGUUUUUAAGGUUAUUAGUUCCAAAGUGAUACAUGUAUGUUAGUGUAUAAAAAGUAACUGUAUGACUUAGUUUCGUGAGUGUAUAUGUGUGUGUGUGUGUGUGUGUGUGUGUGUGUGUGUGUGUCUGUGUGUCUAUAUAUAUAUAUGAAACAGUAUAAAGAGACACCAAAUUAAAUUCAAAGUAAAAUACUGUCAGAUCAAUGUUGUUUCCCUCCUCCUCCCAUCUUAUCCAAUUUAAGCAGACAUAGAGGUUUCGGUGGAGAAAUUUGUUUUACAAAAGCCAGCCUUGGAGCCAGAUUUCAUCCAAAUUCUAUCCAGAAUGUUUUGUAUAAUGAGUUCCGUCAUCUCCGCUCAAUUGGAUUCACACAACCAUUGGUUUGGACCGUAGCUAAAAAAGACUAACUCAUGUCAGUCCAUGUUCAAAUUAAGGAUCCAAUAGAAGCCUGCAAUUGCAAUUAGAUACUGACACUUUUUGCUCACAGGGAAUUGUGCCAUUCCGGAGUAAAUUUGCAGUUUCAUCUUCGGUCUGUCAGACAGAAGUUUGAUAAUCAACAAUAUUAUUGUAUUUCCAUAAAUGUUUGUUUGUUUUAUGAAUAUAGCCAUGCUAUGAAUU